AUGAAGUUCAUUAAUACCACUCUUGAACGGCCCUACCGGUCAGGAGCAACCGACGUCGAUGGCCCGGUGCGCAGCACGCCCGGAGCCUCAGAUUCCGCAUCCACACCGGCCCCGCCCGACACCACCCAAGAAGGGGAUCGUGGACUCUUUGGUCCGCUUUCACCAACCCAGCCACGGGCAAUAGCGAAUGAAUUAAACUCGCACUCAGGAGACGCCCUUUCGAGCCCUGGGAAUGACUCACGCUUCGUUGGCAACUUGAACCCCGAGAGCACAUUCUUAGCCGAUGGCCCUAGGACUGGUGAGGGCUACACGCGAUCAGAUCCUAUUGGCGUUUGGGUUUCCCGAAGAGGGCCUAGCGGUGGUGCGCCUUCUCUCGGGACACCUGCUACUUCGCGGGACUUACUACCCCUUCGGUCAUUGCUGCCGGGCCAUUCAAUGGAUAACUUCUUGAAACUGGUUCCUCCGGGCUCCCAUUACGAGGGUCUCAAGGCUAUAUACUUGCGCGAUAUUCACAGAAUGUUUCCUGCGAUGGAUUUGACUAUUCUAGAAAGAUCAGAAAGCAUCGUUUCGCAGACCCUUUCCAAGCAGGCGAUAUGUUUGGCUGCGGGAGCUCAUCCAGAUGCGAAAGCAUUCUUAAUAAUCGGUAGUGAAUCAGGAAAUCCCAUGAGCUAUUCCGACUUUGCGCACCAAAUAUCAUCUGCCAUGCGGGGCAUUCUAAACGCAGGCCUUAUCGUCGACAGAAUCCAACUCAUUCCGAUACUAGUUAUCCUCUCCCUCUACACAUACUCUUCCGAGGAUCGCCACCUCUCCGCAGAACUGGCGGCUCUAGCGGUGAGUCACACCCACACCGUCGGGCUUCACCAUCAGACCCCGGGCACAAGAAGCGAGAACUCCGCGUAUUUGGCGACACUGUUCUGUUGCGUUUGGGCACUGGAUCGCCUCAACGCGGCUUUCAAUGGAAGGCCCGUCAUGAUGCAUGAACGAGACUUUGGUCGUGAUUUGCAGGCGUGCAUCAGCCAGCAAGAGUCUUGCUUUCGCCUAUUAUUGGAAAAUAUAUCCCUUCUAGACCGGGCAAUUCAAUUAUAUCGACCGCCUGCACUGGGUCUGCCAAACGAACUUGUCCAGAAGCUUCCUACAUUCGAAAGCCUGGUUGAGAAGGCUGAGGCCAUUGCCAUCGAUACUCGGGUAUUAGCAACCCUCGAGCUCCUGUACCACGCUAUUGUGAUCUUAUCGUGCAAAGCACCGACCACAUCACUCCCAUCCUCCUCAUCCUCCUCAUCCUACAUGAAGACAUGCCAACGUCUUUCGAGUGUCAGCAUCACGACCAUAGCAGAAGAUAUGGGGGGCCUACUCCCGCGCUUUACAUUCCUGCCACCCGAUUCUGCCGGCGGUGUUCCGGAGCCACAAGGGCCGCAUGCGGCGACUUCGACACCGGGGCUUGGCACACCCCAUCCAGCAGAGCCUCACUCUAGGGCUCUUGGCUCGUCUGGCCAAGGCGACACAUCAGCUUCGUAUGAAUCACUGAUUCCCCCACCACCUGAUACUUCUUUCCCUGGGGGUCUUGCUCGCAUCGAUUUGUUUGAAUAUCUCAACGCCGAUUUUGACCUUGGCGCGAUCGAUGCGGUUCUAGGAGACACCACAGGCGAUAUCCUUGACAAUUGCACGCGCAUGCUGCCCACAUCCCAGAAGUCGUCGGGCCUCAUCAUCUACAUCGUCUUCCCCAAGGUCGACCCCUCUAUCCCUGAGUGCCUGUAA